UCCCACAUGCCCUGCCAACAUGUGUACUCAAAAAGUAAUUAUACGGCCACAUUGUAUUCUAAUGCCUGACAACCGAGUCGGUCUGACAUAGCAACACAAAUUCAGCUGUUUCGUGUUCGUCAAAACACUUACGUUUCAUUUUAAUGCCCAAUGUUUUUCUCAAGCAGCAUUUUGAAGCCUUGAGGUAAUUCACUGAAGGAAGCAAGCAAAGAUUUAAACACUGGAAAAAACGUGAAGCCUUUCACAAUCUACGCUGCACAAAAUAACUCAAGUUUGCAAAUUAACAUCCCGGCAUCACACAGCAGAUCAUUGUUUUCUCCGCGUAGUUUUGCAAUGAGAAGUUUGACGACAUCAAGCGCGAUAUCUUCCAGUUCACAGGAUGCCUUUUGUCCAGUCCCAUCUGCAUUUAUGUCGACUUACAACAAGGAAUACACGGGUACUUUUGGACCUCCAGCCCCAGAUGCAAGAGUACGAACAUCGCGAUUCUACCCACCGGGACAACCAGCGGUUGACUCCACAUACAGGACUCAUUUUCUAAGUCACCAGGGGCAACCUAGCAUAAGAGUGCCAUUUGGCACCUCCUCUGGAAGCCGGAAUAACAACCCCCAUCCUCACAACAUGGAACAGGUGUUCGGCCAUCCGAGCAAGGGCUAUUUUGUAUGGUCCCAUUACCAAAAGCUGCCCCCACUGAGCCGUGCCGUGCAUCCACCAGGAGUUUCUUCCAGUUCUGAGCUCCUGAAGAAAGUGUGCCGGGACAAAACUCGGUCCAUUUACCAACAGGAUUAUGUUCCUCCCGUUCAAGAUGUGCCCUCCCAAAGAAGCGGCCAUGGAGACUGGGAACUAGACUUGCAAAGAUAACAGACUGAAGUAUUCACAGAACUAUUCACAACUUUUUAAUCGGAAAUUUAGAAAAUGUUGUGUAAAAAGGAGACAUAUUAAGCAAAUAUGAACGUAAUGAAAAUCAGAGCAAUCCAUUGUGCCAUGUCAACGAUAAUUGUGAAUUCACUACAGCCUGCAGAUAAAUAAUUAUAUUUGACUUUUCAAUUCAAGUUAUGAAAAAGAUUGAAAGUAACCCGCGAAGGUGGCCCUGAGCCCAGAGCCUGUCCUAAUUACCCAGAAAACAAUGCGAGAUUGGAGUACCUAUUAUUGCCACUGUGAGUGUUCGAAAGACUAGACCAUGAAAAGCUACAUUCUUGUCUUGCUAUGUAGGCAAUCUUUCUCUCAACGGAUAAACAAAUUUCAGGAAUGGGAAUUUUCACACAUUUUUAUCAAAAACACGCCAUGUUUGAAUCUGCUAAAUUCAAAAUGGCGGUGAAUUAGACCGGGAUUUCUGAUGUAAAUAAGACUGAGUAAGUAAACACACAAAGUGAAACACUCUUUUAGAGUGUUGGUAAUCAAGUACUUUUGUGUGCGAGAAUACAUUAUUGAAUGCUCUGACUACUGAAAUAAAAGCUCGUGUUGAAACCAAAAA